AUAACUGGUGUGUGAGCUUCAGCUACGGAGGCGGGGUGUGUAACCUGCACCAAGAGCUGACCAGCCCUGACGGUUCUCCGGGCAUGGCCUGUUACGUUCCUGCCGAUCCGACAACGGGUAAUCCUCUCCAGACUGUAUCUGAGACGACAACUGUAGCAUCCAGUGGAGGAGGAACAUGCUACACAGUGGACACAGCGCCUUGUGCGGCUGAGAAUGAAGGCGCGUUCUAUCUCCACCCAACAGACUGCAGCAUGUAUCUCCGCUGUACUGGAGGAAGAAUUUACGAAAUGCCUUGUCCUGGAGGCUUGGUGUUCGACAUAACGAAGAGCGUGUGUGAUUAUCCUGCAAGUGUACUGACGGGGUGCACAUGCUAAGUCUAUGGUGCCUUCCCUCUACUACGGCACUCAAGGGACCCAACAAUUGCCUUAAAUAAAGCUCGUUACAUCCUGUGAG